CUCGAGCACCAGGGCUGAACUUCAGCAGAGAUAGCAGCAAGCAGGCUAACUCGCUUUCGGCUUUGGGCAGAGAUGGAGACCCGUCGGACAUCGAGGAGCGCAGGCGCCCGCAACUUUAAAGGUGGUCUGUCCCUGUGGCUGAUUCUGUGGCUGGUGGUGGUGAAGCCGGGCGGGCUCACUGCAUGCCCCAGGCUGUGUGUGUGUUACCCUACGCCCAUGACGGUCAGCUGCCAGUCCCAGAACCUCACCAUAGUGCCGGCCGGCGUGCCCUACGACUCACAACGCGUUUUCCUGCAGAACAACCGCAUCACAGAACUUCGCGCAGACUCUUUUGGUUUUGAAACACAGGUGCUGUGGCUGUACGGAAACAACAUCACGUGGAUUGAAGCCGGAGCCUUCAGUAACCUCAGGAUACUGGAAGAGCUGGACCUGGGCGACAACCCCUUGCUGCGGCACCUGGAAGGUGGAGCAUUCAGGGGCCUGGAGAAGCUGCAGAGCUUGCACAUGCAUCGUUGCAAGCUGGCCACUCUCCCCCAUGAUAUCUUCCACAAGCUGUACAGUCUUCAGUUUCUCUACCUGCAGGAAAAUCAACUCCACUUUCUGCAAGAUGAUCUUUUCUCAGAUCUGGUCAACCUAACCCACCUUUUCCUGCAUGGAAAUCGCAUCCGAGCCCUCUCUGAAAAUGUGUUCAGAGGCCUGGUCAACCUGGACCGCCUCCUCCUCCACGACAACCGCAUCAGGCAGGUGAAUCGCCGGGCUUUCCGUGACCUGGGCCGCGUGACCAUCCUUUAUCUGUUCAACAACUCUCUGGCUGAUCUGCCUGGCCAGACCAUGAAAGAUGUGCAGGGGAUCCAGUUCCUCCGCCUCAAUGGUAACCCCUGGUCCUGCGGCUGUGAGGCCCGCGCCCUCUGGGAGUGGUUCCGCAAAGCCCGCAUCUCCUCUUCUGAGCUCGUGUGCAUCUCCCCCUCCCAGCGCCGCGGUCAGGACCUCAGGUUCCUGCGGGAGAUGGACUUCGCUCAAUGCCCUGUGCCUGACCCAGGCUCCCUGGCUGGAAGCACCACAACCACCUUCAGUACCAAGACCCGCUGGUGGUUCUCCAAGAACAAGCCAGCAUCUUCAUCCAAGACCUCGUAUCAGAAGAGCAGUGACCCUGUGAAGGCCCUUCCCUUCUCACCUGUCAAGCCUCAGUAUGUCCCAAAAAUCACUUCUGAAAAAAUCCACUCCAAGUAUGAACUGUCAGCAGAUGAGGCGGCGCUCCCCAAGCUGGAUCCAGAAGAAUACUGGGCCAACUAUGGAAAUGAAGACUCCUCCAUCCGUUGCUACGAGCUUGAGUGUGCUCCAAGCUAUGACAGCGGCGCUUUCCCCUCAUCAUCGUCCUUAACCAUCACCCCAUCCCUUCUCCAUCUGAUCUUCUUUUCCAUAAUCACAUUCUCCCUUAAUUUUAUUUUGAGCUGAACUCUUAGUUUCCUUCCUACCCCUCUGUAACCUACAUUUUCUCCUGCUGUCCUUUCCUUUUCUAACUAUAUGCUGCCUCUUGAUUCUUUUCAGUCACCUCCUGGACAUUCAGGAGGUGUUACGCUGAUGCAGGAGACAGGCGGGGCAGCAGGCAGCCGCUUCAAAGAGCAGUGUCAGAUGAGCUUAAGCAGAGCAAGACAAGAUACUAAUGUUGAGAUAGCAGCUGAAGCUGUGAAAUACAGGACUAGAAAAGGCUUCAUGGACGUCAAUUCUGACAGUGACGGGCACAAUGUAAACUGUUGAGGUUCCCAGAUGUUACCUUCGAUGUCAUAGCUGUCAGCAACGCAGGCGUUGUGACUGAUCUACACAGCUUUUUUCUGUAUGAACUAGUGCUCACUAUCCAGUCGCCUCUUACAUUAUUCAACAUGAAUAAAAACUGGCAAUUCAGGGUAGGCACUACCAGAGGUAAGAGAAAGAUUAGGGCUAAUGCAGAUGAAGAAAUUCAAAAUCUCAUGUGAUUCCAGAGAUACCAGCAAACUGCAGACAACUUUUGUAAAUAUUGUAACAAGUAACAUAUCUGUACAUACACUUACUUCAUUCUGUACAUACACUAAGUUCGAUUUGUACUUUUAGUAAACAUUGGCUCGCGGUGAUAUAAGAGAUGCUCAGUGGAAGUCAAAUGUUGAAAUUUCUUUUUGCCUCUUUUGUUUUCCCCCACUCUCUCAGAGCAGGAAAUACAUGCUCAACACCAAAAAAGGGAGGGUUUGUUGUCCCUUUUAUGUGUGAGUUUCAUUUUUUUUCCCCCUAUCUGUGUGAAGUUGAUCAUCUCCCUGUAAACCCGCACAUACUGUAUGUGUCCCUGUUUAACAUAAGAAGUUUAACAGCCUGUUAUAAUGUCCAAGCUGAAGAACUGGGUGUAAAAUAACACAGCAGUUAAACCUACACAGCGUUCUCUCCUGCUUGGCGCCACUGAUCACAGUCCUGUUGGUUCUGAGUCUUCUGUAAACUUUCAUGUAUAUGGAGAUGUGUGUAAUGUAAUCUGAGAGUUUUUUUUCCUAACAAGGACUCAAUGUCAAAGAAGUCAUUCUUCAAAAAAAAAAACAUCUUUUGAAAAAAAGGUGCGUGGCUAUUUCCACUGGUUUUACUUUUUAGAUCACAUAAAUCCAAUUACCAUUUUUCUGAUCAUAACAAUAAAUAUUUGCACAGUUAAUUCUAACUUCCAUGUGGUAGUUGCACCUUUCUUCUCCCAGCAUUUUUUUUUCAUUAUGUCAUGGAAAAUGGUAAAAUAUUAUUCACCAGUCUGUAAAUCACAGUCAGAUUUGUGAUUUGCAUUAAUCACAGAGGCAAUGUGUUGAAUCUGAGCCCAACCUGAAUCAAAACUGUGAGGUUCUGAAUAAAAUGUGAACAAUACUGUGAUGUUGUUAGUUUCCUUUCUUUUUUUUCCAAUUGAAAAAAUGUUAAGAGAUU